AAAAAAAAAAAAAAAACAAAAACAAAUACAGCUGUGCACCAUUAAACUUUCCCAAUACAAUACAAUGCCUUUUAAAAUUUGAGCUUCACACAAGAAAAACAUCUAAGGGAUUAAUUUAAACUCAAAUGGCUACAUAGAUAUUGUAGCUUAUGCGAGAAUAGUACAAAGUUGAUGUGUGCAUAGACGAAAUGUUUACCUAAUAAAUAUUCAUCCAUUUAUGUACAUGUGUUUAUGUUUAUAGAUUUGUUAUCAAAACAAAUCAUGCAUACAUUUAUUACAUAUUGAUACACUAACAACACUAGAUUUUCAUAAAUCCUUGUCGCAUCCUCCACUGCCAUCGGCGUCGCUCUCAGCGUGUUGGCAUUAAAUCAUUUCAACAUGCCCAAUUCAACUGUUUAUGCUUUUCUAGCACAACUGUUGCCUGUUUUUCACUCUUGUUGAGCGUAUUUUUAGUGUCCGCGGCAGUCGAGAGUACUGGCGUUUCGAAAAUCAUUUCGAAAUUCCACUCGAAAAUGUUCUGGCUAUUUUUAAAUAUGAGCGUCUGUGAUGCUGCCACUACAAAACUCAUUCAGGCAACUUUUCAUUGUAUUCUGCAAAUCGUAUACUAGAGGACCAAGCAGACUGUGCCUAUUCUGUAGCCAAAAUUUUUAUUGGCAUUUAAAAGUUCUUUAUUUGAAACUCUUUGCUGGAAAAAAAUUUAAUAAAACUGCAUGCCUACACAAAUAACUCCAAUCAACCGCAAUAAAAGCGGCCCAUAAAGGUGUUGUUGGUUGUACGGUAAAAUGCAAAGAGGUGAUUGGCAACAACAACAGCAUGCUGGCAGCGGACAGUGGUCUUCGACACGGGAGGCAGCCUACCAGCAAAGGAAAUUUUUACAAAAACCAAUACAACGUACACAACAUCAUGGUCAACAGCUAGACAACACACCGUUAUAUGGACGUUGGAACGGUAUGACCGAGGAGUAUCCACGCCCAUAUCCAAUACCAAUGUAUAGAGCAGCUGAUGGUAAUGGUUAUUAUCGACGUUACUCCCUAGAUGCACCACCUGAAUCGUUUAUUUAUUAUAAUACGAAAAGAUCAUUUAUUGAUCAAUCACUUGAGAAUGAUGACAUCACGCCUACUGGCUCCACAAAUACGCUACUCUAUCCGAGUUUUGUCGACGACGAUGAGCCACUAGCGCCAGCAUCAGCAGUACCACCAUUCUAUUUUAAACAAAAGCGACACACAAAAUCCGCUACAACAACAUCAACACUUGACGCAAAUAUUAUAAAUACAGAGCAGGUUGUGCAUAAUUUGACAUUGUUUGGUCGGUUUUUGGAAGUAGUGCAAAGUUGGCCAUUGCCCCGUGUCUCAUUCACAACAGCCUGUAUUUUAGUGUUACUCGCGACAUUUAUAUCACCACGUAUAUGGGCUGAAAAUAUUAUAUUUCCUGCUUUCAGAUUAUCCUUUGGUACUUUAUAUCCAGCAUAUGCUUCCUAUAAGGCGGUGCGCACUAAAAAUGUUAAGGAAUAUGUUAAAUGGAUGAUGUAUUGGAUUGUUUAUGCAUUCUUUACAUGCAUUGAAACAUUUACAGAUAUCUUUCUUGCUUGGUUCCCAUUUUACUAUGAAGUCAAAGUGAUUAUUGUUUUAUGGCUUUUAUCGCCAGCUACAAAGGGUAGCUCUACAUUAUACAGAAAGUUCGUACAUCCGAUGCUCACGCGCAGAGAACAGGAAAUCGAUGAGUACCUCAAUCAAGCCAAAGAACGCGGCUAUUCUGCUGUACUACAAUUGGGCACCAAAGGCGUCAAUUAUGCCACUAAUGUCAUCAUGCAAACAGCGCUUAAGGGUGGCGGAAAUCUGGUGCAAACCAUACGACGCAGCUAUAGUUUAAGUGAUCUCUCCGAACCAGAUGUGCAACGCACACAGGACGAGAUCGACGAUGUUGUACAAAUGCGUUCACAGCAACGCAUGUUACGUCCACGUCCACAUGCCACAAGUAUUGCACGUUCAGCGUCGGGUACACGCCAUUCGACCGGCAUGUAUUUCUCUGAGGUGGAUGUUGUUAAGGGUGCGGAUGAUUUUAACUACAAUAUAAGAUCAUCGGAAGACAUUAGUUCGGGUUAUUCCAGCGCAGAGCCGGUUUCGGUUGGUUUGAGUAGAACUUCAUCGAUGACAAAUGCUUCGAAGACACGCUUGAAAGCCAAACGUACAGAGAUGUUUAAUGAGCCCCAACCCCAAUUUAGGCCAACAAAAGAACAAAUUUAUUUUCCUAACAGUGCAGCUCAGCCUCGAGUCGCGCUUGGUCCAACACAAAAUGAAAUUUUCGCUAACGAGUUUGAGGUAUUGAAGGAACCGGCGGCUUUCGAUGUACGAAAAUGUAUACAAAUUAUAGAGGAGAUGCCGCAGGAAAUAGGCGCAGAAAAAACAGAAGCGGAUAAUGCAAAGGAGACAAAUGAAGCAAAUGAAAUAUUACCAGCAAUAGAUCCAAACAGUAGUUUUGAUGACGAGUUUAAUGAGACAAUUGAGGAAGACCAAGAAUUGCUGGAUCAGGAAGUAACUUAUGCUGACACAAAACUGCCUGAGUUGGCAGUGCCUGAGGAUGAGUUUGUCAUAGACGAGCUUGAUACAGUUGCGGAAAGCCCAACGCUAACGGAGUCCAUUGCCACGAACAAUGAAGUAGCAAUAAAGGACGAAAUUUAUUCUAAGGACGAUAACAAUUCUAUUUGCAGUAACACUGACACCUACAACACAUUCGAAAGUAGCGAUGAGGAUAACGAGAGCGAUGCAGAGUUUGCGGAUGCACUACCAACGCUGGUUGAAGACGAAGCUGAACAGGCGGCUUUGGUCGAGUAUAAAGUCGCCGAAAAUGUACAAGAAAGUGAACUUGACGCACAAACAGACAUUGUAACCACACAAAAACUUGCAGAGAAGCCGAAAUUUAACGCUAAAGAAUUGCAAGACACUUUAAAUGAAAUAAAAGCAAGUUUUCGUGCCACUAUUGUAACAACAACAACAGCGGCAAUAGCAAACACAGAUAGUAAACUAUAUACGCCACGACCACUCACGCAUAACAAAGGGCGAGCGCCUGCGCCACCAGCUCCAGCCCCAGCAACAACAGCGCACGCACCUACACCACCACCUCUGCCACCGCGUCCCAUACGAUAUUCAAUUACAUCCAGCUUGGACGCUGUUCCAACCACUGGUAGCUUAGAUGCUGAUAGCAUGUCAUCACGCAGUCCAUCACCAGCACCACAUCGUAGCAUUUUCAAAAAUCUAAAAACAAAUCUCUUUCGUUUUGCCAGCAACAACAGCUUGAGUGGCAAGCCGACGGAGGUUGCGGGCGAAAAGGCAGCUGCUGCACAUGCCACACCGCCAUUCGAGACACAGUUAUAGAUUGUUAGUUGAGACCAGCAACCCAGACAUUUUAGUUGCAGCACUUAAUCACAAAUAACACGCAAAUUGCAAUGGAGCACUCGAAGCAACAGAAUACCAAUGCACUUUGAACACAAUCAGAGAGAAAUGUGCACUUUACAGUUAGACUCGUAGCAUGGGUUGACAGAGCGGAAGCAUAACGCGAGGCAUAAAAGAUGUAGCUUUUUUGAGUUGUCAUCGGGUGCCGAGAGUUGUCGGAGUCAAGAAAGGAAAUCAAUCUGUAUGAAUAUGCAACAACAACCUCGAAAAAUUUUUCUGCAAAAUGUUAUGUCAUCUAGUUAUACUACGCUUCCACGCACCAAAAAGUCUGAAAAAGUUAUUGUGGCCACAACGAAAACGCGUAGCAGCAAGUUGGAGAAGUAAAUCAAACAAAAA